ACAGGAAUAGUGAAGAUGGCCUCCAAAGUGUGUCAGAACUACCACAAGGACUGUGAGGAUGCUGUUAACAAGCAGAUCAACCUGGAGCUCUAUUCCUCCUAUGUUUACCUCUCCAUGUCCUCUUACUUUGACCGGGAUGAUGUUGCCCUGCGUCACUUUGCUGAGUUCUUCAAGGAGCAGUCCCAUGAGGAACGGGAACACGCUGAGAAACUGAUGGCAUUCCAGAAUAAACGUGGAGGCAGAGUCCUCCUGCAGGAUGUCAAGGUUGGCUUCUGUAAACUUGAGAUUCUAAAGCCAGAGACGGAUGAGUGGGGCAAUGGUCUGGAGGCAAUGCAGAGAGCUCUGCAGAUGGAGAAGGAUGUGAACCAGAGUCUGCUGGAUCUGCACAAACUCUCCUCUGGCCACACGGACCCUCAU